UUAUAAAUCGGGUUUUCUCUUCACGCAGCUCUCCCUCUCUCCCUCGUAAGCGUUUUGCCGCGCCGCCCCGCCUUUGGAAUACAUUCAAGAUAGUCUACGAAGACACUGAUAAUGAUGCAUAACAGAAUUGAUGCGCUAGAUGAUGAUAUGAUAAAGAAAAAGAAGAAGGAAGCGAAGGCAAAAGAGAAAGAAUUAAAAAAGCAAAAAGCUUUGGGGAAAGCGAUCAAGCAGGACCAACAAGCAUGCUCUUCCACUUCUAAGACGAGUAAAAAGAAGAAUUUAAGGCUUUGGGAUGAGGAAGAUGAAAAUGCAAAGGACCCAGAGACUCCAUCUGGCGAGAAGAAAAGGAUGGCUAGUCAAAUGACGAAAAUGUACCAUCCAAGUGCUGUAGAGAAGUCGUGGUAUGAAUGGUGGGAGAAAAUGGGGUUCUUCUUGGCAGAUGCUAACAGCUCCAAACCUCCAUUUGUGAUUGUGUUGCCACCCCCGAAUGUGACUGGUACCCUUCACAUAGGCCAUGCUCUUACUGCUGCUAUUGAGGACACUAUCAUUCGUUGGAGGAGAAUGUCCGGUUACAAUACGAUGUGGGUUCCUGGAAUGGAUCACGCCGGAAUAGCAACACAGGUGGUUGUUGAAAAGAAGCUUAUGCGUGAAAAACAGUUAACCAGACACGAUAUUGGUCGCGAGGAAUUUGUGGCUAAGGUUUGGGAAUGGAAAGAAAAGCAUGGGAGCACCAUCUUACACCAGCUACGUCGGUUAGGUGCUUCUUUAGAUUGGUCGCGUGAGUGCUUCACGAUGGAUGAGAAAAGAUCAAAUGCUGUUACAGAGGCUUUUGUAAGGCUUCAUAAGCAAGGGCUUCUCUACAGGGAUAAUCGCAUAGUGAAUUGGGAUUGUGUGUUGCGUACAGCAAUAUCUGACAUUGAGGUGGAUUACAUUGAUAUAGAAGAAAGGACAUUACUGAGGGUUCCUGGAUAUGCCAAUCCUAUCGAAUUUGGCGUUUUAACGUCAUUUGCUUACCCUCUGGAGGAGGAUUUAGGUGAGAUUGUGGUGGCCACCACUAGAGUGGAAACUAUGCUUGGCGAUACUGCUAUUGCUGUACAUCCUAAUGACAAGAGAUAUGGCCAUCUUCAUGGAAAACAUGCCAUCCAUCCUUUCAACGGAAGAAAGAUUUGUAUAGUGUGUGAUGAAAUUCUCGUUGAUCCAGAGUUCGGUACUGGUGCUGUGAAGAUUACUCCAGCCCAUGAUCCUGAUGACUUUAAUGUUGGAAAGCGCCAUGAUCUUGAGUUCAUUAACAUCUUUACUGAUGAUGGAAAAAUAAACCAGGAAGGUGGAGAAUUUGCAGGAAUGCCACGUUUCAAAGCCCGAGAGGCAGUGACUGAAGCACUAAAGAAGAAGGGCCUCUUUAAAGAAGCAAAGAACAAUGAGAUGCGCCUUGGGAUUUGCUCUAGAAGCCAAGAUGUUGUGGAACCCAUGAUAAAGCCCCAAUGGUAUCUUAAAUGCAGUGGUAUGGGAAAGCAAGCUCUUGAUGCUGCCGUAGAUGAUGAAAAUAGGAAGCUUGAGAUCAUCCCAAGACAGUAUACUGCCGAAUGGAAGAGAUGGCUUGAAAACAUUCGUGACUGGUGCAUCUCGAGGCAACUUUGGUGGGGUCACCGUGUUCCUGCGUGGUAUCUUGUAAAUGAGAGCGAUAAGCCGGAAGAUUUUGGAGUACAUGAUGCACGAUGGGUGGUUGCAAGAAAUGAGGAAGAGGCUCAAGCACAAGCUAGUGAUACAUAUGAGGGGAAGUUUCAAUUAAUUCAGGAUCCUGAUGUCCUUGACACAUGGUUUUCUUCUGGUAUCUUCCCUUUGUCUGUGUUGGGCUGGCCAGAUGAGACAGAAGAUCUAAAGGCUUUUUAUCCGACUUCAGUUCUUGAAACUGGGCAUGAUAUUCUAUUUUUCUGGGUUGCUCGGAUGUUAAUGCUUGGAAUGACAUUGGGUGACAAUUUACCUUUUACAAAGGUAUAUUUGCACCCCAUGAUUCGUGAUGCGCAUGGGCGUAAAAUGUCAAAAUCCUUGGGGAAUGUUAUUGAUCCACUUGAUGUAAUAAAUGGUAUUACCCUUGAAGGUCUACAGGAGAAGCUUUUAGAAGGAAAUUUGGAUACCAAGGAAGUAGCUUUCUCAGAACAAGGGCUAAAGAAGGACUUUCCUGAAGGGAUUGAGGAAUGUGGAGCAGAUGCACUCCAUUUUGCCCUUGUGUCUUAUACUGCUCAGCAUGAUAAGAUAAAUCUGGACAUCCAAAGGGUUGAGGGCUAUAGCUACUGGUGUAAUAAAUUGUGGAAUGCAGUGCGAUUUGCUCUAAGCAUACUUGGGGAUGACUAUAUUCCACCCUCAAGUAUAAAUCCAAAUGUGUUUCCAUUCAGUUGCCAGUGGAUACUCUCGGUACUGAAUAAAGUCAUAUCCAAAACUAUUCUGUCACUGGAGUCAUACGAGUUAUCAGUUGCAGCCAGUGCCGUGCAUGCUUGGUGGCAGUACCAGUUGUGUGAUGUUUUUAUUGAAGCUAUCAAACCUUACUUUUCCAGGAAUGAUCCAAAGUUUUGCUUUGAAAGGGGUUUUGCACGAGACACGCUAUGGUUUUGUAUUGACAAUGGACUACGGUUGCUUCAUCCGUUUAUGCCAUUUGUCACAGAAGAACUGUGGCAGCGUCUUCCAUCUUCAGGGGAUCACAAGAGGGCAACAUCAAUUAUGAUAUCCGAAUAUCCAUCCAUUGUAGAGUGCUGGACAAAUGAAAGGGUGGAGUCUGAGAUGAACCUUAUAGAGUCUAUUGUGAAAUCUCUCCGUUCACUUGCAAAAGAAAAUCGUGAAAGGCGACCAGCCUUUGUGGUUUGUCAAGUGAUUUCGGAUUGGGAGAUAAUAUGCGGCCAUAAACUGGAGAUUGAAACUCUUGCCCAUUUAUCAUCUUUGACGGUAGUCCAGGAGAAUGACGGCUUUGCCACCCCUUGUGCUGGAUCUCCGACUGUGAUGUCUUUUGUAAAUGAAAAUAUUUCUGUGUUUCUGAAAAAUCCAAGAGUAAAGGCAGACCCUGAAAAGAUCCACCAGAAGAUGGAGAAACUCAUACUGCAGCGAGAAAAUCUAUUGUUGAUGAUAAAUGCUACUAGUUACCAAGAAAAGGCAUGUGAGAAGAUUCAAGAAUCUAAUGCUUACAAGCUGGAAUCCUUGGACAAACAGAUAAUUUCUUUGCAAAGGCUGCGAAGCUCCAUCUCUUGAAAGGAUGGAUGUGGGGCUACUUAUACUGGAUCCGGAUCCUCUACUUGUGUUUUCUCUGCCAUGAUUUUCUAAGCAUGAGAGCUCAUAUAAAAUACAUCUAAACGAUCCGGAUCCUUGUACCCACUUUGAUUUUUAUAAUAAAUAUUUGUUUGUUUAAAGUAUUCAGAGUUGUAGUUUAA